GCUUCAGAUGCAUGCUGGGUAAACGGUGUCGAGGCAGCUGCCAUUUUGUUGGUGUUGUCGGAAGCGCAAAGUAGUGUUUAAGUUAAAUGCUGAAAAAGAAGAAUUUUAUGUGAAUAGCGAACUAUUCUCUGUCAAAAUGCUUUCUGCUGCCCAGUUACUCGACGAGUUAAUGGGCCGGGAUAGAAAUUUGGCCCCUGACGAGAAACGAAGUAAUGUCCGCUGGGACCACGAGACUGUAUGUAAAUAUUACCUGUGUGGAUUCUGUCCUGCCGAGCUAUUCACAAACACCCGAUCAGAUCUGGGUCCUUGUGAAAAGAUCCAUGAUGAAAACCUUAGGAAAUUGUAUGAAAAGAGCUCGCGUUUCAUGAAGGAAGGCUAUGAGCGGGACUUCCUGCGAUACCUGCAGAGUCUGCUGGCUGAGGUGGAGCGAAGGAUUCGCAGGGGCCAUGCCAGGCUGGCUUUGUCACAGGCACAGCAGGCCGCUGGGCAGGGACCUGGUCCAUCAACAAAGAAUGAGGAGAAGGCCCUGGUUCUGACAGAGAAGAUUGAGGAGCUGGUCCUGCAGAUUGAGGAGCUGGGCUCGGAGGGUCGGGUGGAGGAGGCGCAGGGCAUGAUGAAGCUGGUGGAGCAGCUGAAGGACGAGAGGGAGCAGCUCAGCUCCACCCCCUCGGUGAGUCCCACGGACACGAUUGAGAGCUUUGCGGCUCAGGAGAAGCAGAUGGAGGUGUGUGAGGUGUGCGGAGCCUUCCUCAUCGUGGGCGAUGCCCAGUCCCGGGUGGAUGACCACCUGAUGGGCAAGCAGCACAUGGGCUAUGCCAAGAUCAAAUCUACUGUAGAGGAGCUAAAGGAGAAACUGCGGAGGCGUUCCGAGGAACCCGAGCAGGACACCAAACUGCGCAAGGAGCGCGAAGACCGGGAGCGCGAGCGAGAGGAGCGCGAGAAGAAGCGCAAGGAAGAGGAGGAGAAGGAGAAGGAGCGUGAGAAGGAGAAGGAAAGGGAGCGGGAGCGGGAGAGAGAGCGCGAGCGUGAGAGGGAGAGAGAGCGCGAGCGGGAGAGGGACCGCGAGCGACGGGGCAGACGCAGCAGCUCACACAGCAGACACUCCAGCCGGGCGUCAGACCGCCGGAGGAGUCGCUCGAGAGACCGCAAACGUUCCAGGAGCAAGGACCGUGAGCGCGAGCGCAAACGCAGCAGGAGUCGCGACAGAGAGAGGAGGCGCAGCCGGGACCGAUCCGACAGGAGGAAGCGCUCACGCAGCAGGGAAAGGAGGAGGUCCCGCAGCUCGGAGCGCAAGUCCCACAAGCACCGCAGCCGGAGCAGGGACAGGGAGCGGGAGCGGGACCGCGACAAGGACAGGGAGAAGGACAAGGACCGAUCCUCCAAAGACAAAGACCACAAGGACGGUGAGGAGAGGCGCACCAGCAAAAAGGCGCCGUCUAGUGACGACAAGGCCAGCGAGCUCCCCAAGGCCGAGUCCAUGGAGGUAGAUGCUCCCAAAGCCGAGCUCAAUGGCACGCGCGAAGACAUCCAAUCUGAAGGUGACACUCAGUCCAAUUAAAACUGAUCUGAUAGGACCUCAGAUCAGGCCCAGGAACCCCUGGAUCGCCCUGACAGGAGAACAGAAGAACCGAAGACCUCCCCUGACCAGAACACGCAACUCUGCUGCUUAAAACAAGGUGACCCACAGAUGUGUAGUGGCCUGUUGACAGUUUAAAAUAAUAAUAAAACCAUAAAACAAAACAAAAACAGAUUUAGCAAAAUAAAAACAUGUUUUAAGAGAGGUUGCCCUUUUUUGCAGCUACAUUGACAGGACCUGUAGUGUUCAUUUCUGUUAAUAAUGUCUUUCCCGUCUUAACUACUGCUAUGAAUUAAAAAUGAAAGUACACAAAAACCAGGUAGAGGAGAAGUGUGUUUUAAGGUCUACACUUACUUUGUUCACCAGCAUUCAGGAUAAAAAUGAAAGCUGUACCCGUGGCAUGUUUUAUUUUAUUUUUAUUCUUUUCAGUUUGUAAAGUAAUGGUAUUCAUGUCACUAUUUUUGCCCUUCAGUCUCGGUUUGAAGCAUUUGUACAGUGUUAGGAAUGGACAGCAAGAAGGUUCCAUUUUUCUCUUCCCCUCUGUAAGGCAUACCCAAUCAGUCACGUUUAGUUUUGAGAAGUGAGUUAUUUUAUUUUUUCAAUUUUGUUCAAAUCUUAAGAACAUGUAUUUGUCUUGAAUAAAAUGUUUGAAAAUGAA